GAUCCCUGAAACAUCUUAAACAUCACACCAGGAGUAAUGUGGAAUUGCAAGAGGUUCCUCUGGUGCGUUGCUAUUCUAAAGUGAUGGAGCAUGCAGUGGAUGCCGGCACUCAGACAGACCCAGUGGUGGUCCUGUCUCUGGCCCAGGCUGCUGUGCUGGGCCUCAUAUCUCAGAAUGAAAUCUUCGGAGCCACCAUCGCCCCUAAUGGCUUCUACACGGGAGAGGCUCGUGACGGUCCUCCUCCCACUGGAGAAGCCAUGGAGUAUGAAUAUACAGAUCAGUUAAUUGGGGCCAAUGGAGACUAUCUGUCUGAGCCUAAUGGGGAGCACAGGAGGCCAGAAGUACAUUAUGGGGCCGAGCGCAGACGUCCGGGGCACCGUGGGAGGACCAAGAGGCCCCAGAGUGAGGGUGAACCAGAGGACUCCACAGACAGGUCUCCGGACACACUGAAUCAGGUGAAAGGAGAGAGGCCUGACUUCACUAGCCCCUGUUCUCAGCAAACAGAUAACGAGCCAGAAGUGUUGGACCUAGCACCUAACAGAGCAGUGAUGAAGGAAGAAGAGUGUAACAAAGGCUACCCUGAGUACCCGAGGGAGUCAAGCAGCCAACAGGUUGACGCUGACUGUGACACUCAGACUCUGGCCCAACAAAGCCCUGCAGUGCAUGGAAAGGGACUGGCAGAGUCCUCUGAGGAAGGGCCUGGAAAAGAGGAGGAACAGGAGGAGGAGGAAGAGGAGGAGGAGAGAGCACUGAAUCUGAAAACCUCAAAGGAGAAUGUGAGCCCUGUAAUGAGGCGCUACUAUGAGUCCAGUGUGAUGGCAUAUGAGUCUACCGAGAUGGGCUUGUCAGGUGACUAUGAGGAGGGCAGUCAGGCCAUGAUGUGGGCGGACGGUGAGAACUCAUUGGGUCGACGCAUGCAGAUUGACCGCCUAGACAUCAACGUGCAAAUAGACGAGUCAUACUGCGUCGAUGUGGGCGAAGGCCUCAAGCGAUGGAAGUGUCGCAUGUGUGAUAAGUCCUACACCUCUAAAUACAACUUAGUAACGCACAUUCUUGGUCACAAUGGCAUCAAGCCACAUGAGUGUCUGCACUGUGGCAAGCUCUUCAAGCAGCCCAGUCACCUGCAGACACACCUGCUUACACACCAGGGCACACGGCCACACAAAUGUACCGUCUGCAAGAAGGCCUUCACCCAAACCAGCCACCUUAAACGGCACAUGUUGCAACACAGUGACAUCAAGCCUUACAGCUGCCGCUUUUGUGGUCGGGGCUUUGCAUACCCCAGCGAGCUGCGCACUCACGAGACCAAACAUGAGAACGGACACUGUCAUGUUUGUACGCAGUGCAGCCUGGAGUUUCCCACCCAUGCCCACCUCAAGCGUCACCAGGUCAGCCACCAGGGCCCAACCUCUUUCCAGUGCACUGAAUGCCACAAGUCAUUUGCCUAUCGAAGCCAGCUUCAGAACCACCUGAUGAAGCACCAGAAUGUCCGUCCAUAUGUCUGCUCGGAGUGCGGCAUGGAGUUUGUGCAGAUCCACCAUUUGAAGCAGCACAUGCUAACACACAAGGUACUGACACAGCAGGCCCUCGAACACAAGGGUAUGAAGGAAUACAAAUGUGACGUGUGUUCUCGCGAGUUCACUCUCUCAGCCAAUCUAAAACGCCACAUGCUGAUUCACACCAGCGUGCGCCCUUUUCAGUGCCAUGUCUGCUUCAAGACAUUUGUCCAGAAACAGACGCUAAAAACACACAUGAUUGUCCACUUGCCUGUGAAACCUUUCAAGUGCAAGGUGUGUGGGAAGUCCUUCAACAGAAUGUAUAACCUGCUGGGUCACAUGCAUCUUCAUGCUGGUAGCAAACCCUUCAAGUGCCCUUACUGCACCAGCAAGUUCAAUUUGAAGGGCAACCUUAGUCGACACAUGAAGGUGAAACAUGGAAUCCUGGACACCUCAACUGAAGGACAAGAUGCCCUGCCUGAUGCAGAGGGUCAGGAAGAUUACGAGGAGGAGAGCUUUGAUUACAGCGAGAGGGAAAAUCUAGCCAGCAACAAUGCACAAGACUUGGCCAAAAUGGCCAAAAUUAGCUACUACAACUACACCAAGGUGGCUGCACGCUACAACACUGCUUAAGUGGCUGACUGAGAUACUAAGAUACGGUUUAAGGGAAAAAAGCCGUCAUGGACAUUUCUUUAGUACUCAUGGCUCUUACAUGAGCCACUGAGGAAAUAGCCAUCAUGAAUGGGUGUGCACUGGAAGCCAUUUUUGUCUCGGCUUGAUAGCAGCUUCAUUUUAACAAAAGUGUAAUUUUACAUAAGGGCCCAUCCUGAAAAAUAGAGGACAAUGCUUAUAGGUGCUGUUCAUUUUGAAACAAUAGUUUUCACAAAGUGCAGGUCUUAAAGGGAUAGGUCACCCUAAAAUGAGAAUUAUGUUAUUUACUCUCCCUCAUGUUUUUCCAUACCCGUAUGACUUUGUCUUCUGUGGAACUCAGAAGGAAAUGGAAAAAGAUGCAAUGAAAGUGAAUGGUGACUGAGGCUACAUCUGAGGCUACAUCUCUACAUCUUUUGUGUUCCAUGGAAAAAAGAAAGUCAUACGUGUUUGGAACAACAUUAUCGGGCUAAAUGAUGACAGAAUGUUAAUUUUUGGCUGAAUUAUCCCUUUUAGAUAAGAUAAUUCUGAGCCAGAGUCAGUGUUGCAGAGUCAACGAUAUGAACAGACAUAAGGAGGCACUUCUAUACAAUCUACAGCUCUUUUCAGCUUGAAGACACCAAGAUUAUGAUGCAACAUGACAUUAUUGAACUUACCUUGUUGGUGGUUUUACUGUCUAUCAAGUUAGGGACUAUUUAUAGGACUUAACCAAAGCUGACAAAGUGCAAAUAGUUCUCGUUACAUUUUAACUUCUCCAACAUUGUUUUAGUUAGCUUUAAACACACUGUGACUUUGUUCAGACUCUUUUUCUCUUAUUUGUUUUUGAUGGACAUAUAUUGUUUGUAGCUCACAGUGGGCUGAUUUAGUUUGUGGGAGUGUCUUUUUAUUUUUUAUUUUUUUAUUUUUUAUUUUUUUAUGUGGGCCAGUCCAUGCAAUUUUGCUGUAUGGCCUUCUGGACAUAGUGCUUUGUUUUUCCAUAAUUAUUGCAAAUAGUAUUUAUUGUUCAUUAUGUCUUGGCAUUCACAAGUGUAAAUACAUUGAUAUUUAAGCCCAAUGUUCCAGAUGGAUAGAUUUUAUUUCAAUUUAAAAAAAAAUAUUGAGAAGAAAAAAAAAGGUAUUUCUUUAGUUUACUUUAGAUGAAUGUAAUAAUACAAACUAAGAACUGUCUAUUUAAAGAGUCCCAUUUCACAGAGCUCAUGUGUAAGACAAAAAGCUUAAGAAAAAGUUUAAAAAGUUAAAUCUGAAAUCCUGUUUUUUUGUGAAUAUCACUUUAGUUCACAAUCUGUUCUUUACUACUUCUUACUAAUCCAUAUUAUUUUAAAAAUAUGGAGAUCUUGCGUGUGUGUGGCUUAAAUGACCUUAUUCCAAACAUCAUCCAUUUUAAUCUCUUUGGAAAGAAAACCUUGUAGCGUACCGCAUCUUUCCCAAAGUCACCUGUACUGUUUGGAUUUGAAGAGGAUGCCCUAAAAACACUGGACAAAAGUAUUAACUGCCCUUGUGUGUGCAAGAGAGUGUCUCAUCCAUCAUUCCUGCGAUGAGCUCAGAAGUGAUGAACGACAGUCUGUCUACAUGUGACAGGGCCCGAGACCCAGCAGAGAAUGAUUGGGGAAAUUCACCAUGUAUUCUCUAUUUCCCUUUCUGCUUAGUUUCACACUGACAAAGUACAGUUUAGCUACAGUAGGCAACUCAAAAUGUUAAUGUGUAACAUGAGACAAAAUAUUUGGUGGAUUUUGCAGUGUUGUAUGCUUACAUUUUGGGCUUUUAGUCUAAGCUAGGCAGGAGUUUUUAGUUUUGUAUAAGCUUUCUAUUCUUUUGUUGCACACCAAUGUGAAUGAUGUUGAUAAAUGUCUGUUAACCAUUGUGCUAUGGACAUUAUUCUAAAUUAAUACAUUUACUUGCCUUUAAAAUUGUGGACUGUUAAUGUGUGUAUAAAAAAACACAAGAACA